CAAAUUUAUUAUUACACAACACUAUGUAGUUAUCUGGUUAUACAACAAAAGGGAGGAUCAUAAUUUGCAUAAAGAGGUUUAACAUUUAACCAGCGACUGUCUUAUUUGUCAUGACGUUCUGGGAUUAUCCGACGACGUUAUCAAAUCUGCCUGCUAAUGGGGCAAUAUCUGCUGCAGAUGAAGGUAGAUGUAUUUGUAUUAUUGAAGAUUUAACUUCAGAAGGAAGCAAGAAACACACUCACACUUUGCCAGUAUCUACUACUACUGAACAAUUGUUUGAGAUUGUUGCGAGCAAAUUGAAGUACAAGAACUCAACAUUCACGAUGACUUUCACAAAAUCUAAUAAUUCUAGCGAUUAUCAAUCGAUAACAAGUUCGAAACAAACGUUAGGUGAAAUGGGAUUUGAGCCGGGAAAAAACUAUGUUCAAGUUGCACGGCAAUAUGGAAACAAACCUGUUUCUUCACAUAUUUCUACAAUUACUGAGGAUUCUGGCGAUGAAGCAACAACAUCAGAAACUGGAUGGUCGUAUACCAAUGCUGCUACAGGAACCAGCAAUUUGCCGGAUGUUGUUGCUUUGCCUAAACCUCCCCCUAUACCACCAAAAAUAAGUGAAGGACGAGGUCAUGCCAGAAGGAACGCUGUUGGCUCGGAUGAGACUGAAAGCUUCACGGAAAGCAUAAGCAAAGCAGCUUCACGAAUCAAAGGCGAAGAAUUCAAAGGUGUUGAUAAUAAUAAGGAAUCUAGAUUGAUAGGACUUGUGAACCAAGCUAUGACCUGCUAUCUGAACAGUCUUAUUCAAACUUUAUAUAUGACACCAGAGUUUAGGAAUGCCUUGUAUGAAUGGGAAUACAAAGGUACAGAAGAAGAAGCAGCAACAACAAUUCCCUUCCAGUUACAAAGAUUAUUUCUUGCGUUACAAACUUCUGAUAAACAAUCUGUUGAAACCACUGAUCUUACUAAGAGCUUUGGAUGGGACAGCAGUGAAGCCUGGCAACAACACGAUAUACAGGAGUUAUGUCGGGUCAUGUUUGAUGCAUUGGAACAAAAGUUCAAAGAAAGUGCUGCAGCUGAAUCAGAUGAUGCCGAAAAUGAUGAAACAGAUGAAAAUGAUGGAAAACUGAAGGAAGGAACAGACAAAACAGUCGAACCAGAGAUUAUAAAGUUGUAUGAAGGAAAAAUGAAAGAUUAUGUCCAAUGCGAAGAAUGCAAGAAUGAAACUUGUCGGAAUGAUACAUACCUCGAUAUUCCGAUAACCAUUCGACCAUUUGGAAGUGCCACUACUAUUUCUAGUGUGAUGGAAGGAUUGAAAUUAUUUGUUCAGUCCGAAACUUUAGAUCAAACAAACCAAUAUUUUUGUGAGAAAUGUAACAAGAAAUGUGAUGCAAAGAAAGGAUUGAAGUUCACAUCCUUCCCGUACCUACUUACUUUGCAACUGAAGAGAUUUGAUUUUGAUUAUCAAACCAUGCAUCGGGUCAAGUUAAAUGAUCGAAUGUAUUUUCCACAACUUCUGGAUUUGAAUGAAUUCAUCGAAGAUGAAGAAUUGGAUGAAAACGACAAAGACAAGGAAUCCAUCUCAGAUCAAGCAAGUGAUUGUGUUGCCGCAGAACUCGAUCAAAACGAGAUUGAAUUACAAAUAGAGGAAGAAGGGGAUAGCAGCAGUAGAGACAGUGGCAAUGAUGAUGACACUCGUCCUACAUGCAGAGUUGAAGGUGGGAACAGGAGGGUUGCCAGAGUUUCUGAUGAUAGUGAAGAAGGAAGCAGUGUAGAUGAAGGUAUAGACAUCGAGUCACAAUCUGGUCAGGGCAUUGGAGGAGGAAAUGGAUUAGAUGAUGGACCAGGGUCUGGGAGUUCGACUCCAGGUGCUAUUGGUGGGAUUCCAAAAAGCCGGGAAUGGGAAAAUCUUCAUGGAACUACAAAACCAAAGACAGAGGGCAAAUACACUUACGAGUUGUUCUCAGUGAUGAUACAUUCUGGCAGUGCAGUAGGAGGACAUUACUAUGCCUAUAUCAAAUCAUUCGAUGAUGGCCAAUGGUACAGCUUCAACGAUCAGAUUGUUUCACCAAUAUCGCAAGAAGAUAUUGAGAAAUCAUACGGAGGAUCUGGUGGAAGAAGUUCUUAUUCAACAUCAUUCUCAAGUUCCACAAAUGCCUACAUGUUGAUGUACAGACAAAUAAAUCCAGAUCAAAAUACAGCUUUUAUAAAAACUGAAGAUCUUCCUGAUCAUAUCAAGAAAAUGGCUGAAGAAGAGGAAGAGAGAGAAAGGAAGAGAAUAGAAUGGAAAGAAAAAGAAAAAAAUAUGUGCAGUAUAAAGGUGUUCUGUCGUUCCCCAGCGCUUCUAAAAGUUCACAACGUAGCAAAUAUAUUUGAAUCACCUUACGAAUUUCAUAAUUCAACUUUAUUGAAAGAUGCAACUGAUCAAGUUUAUAAGCUGCUAAAGCUUGGUGAAGUUGGUAUCGAAAGACACAAUUGUCGUCUCAUCAAAUAUGAUCAUUAUCAUCAAUCAAUCGAACAAUCAUUAGAUGACGAAAUUGAAAACCAAGAAGAACCACUCGCCAAGUUAUUGGGAGGAUCGAGAAUGUCUUAUUUGUUUGAUCUAAUGAUGGAAACAAAAGAAAAUCAUCAUCAGCAUUUUGAAAUUUAUAAACCGGGAGGAAUCACCCUGAAGGUAUUUCCAGCUGACUACAGUAAAGAAUGUUUCCUGGAUCAUAUCAUAGUCAGAAUGAUGCCUGAUGAUACUAUUUAUCAUCUUAAACAUGUUUUAUCAAAGAAACUUCACUUCAACCAUCGACGGAUAAGAAUGGCAUAUGAGAAAUAUACGAGUGAUAUAUCUCUACUAUCAUCUGCUACUCAAACUUUGAGAGAGAUUGGAUUAUUCAGGACAGCUAAGGUCUAUGUUGAUUUGAUGAACGAUGAUGAAUUGGCAGAUUCUUUAAAACUUGAGGAAAAUGAAACAAGCAGAAAGUAUGCAAGUCCUAAGGCUCUGUUGAAAGAGACAAGAUUGUGGGGAUUGAUUGAUCGGACUGCUAACUUAAUCAAUGUUGAAGUUAUCUUACCUGAAGAUGCACCAGUCUAUGUGUUACCUCCUUCACGACCUCGAUCUCCUGUUCAGCCCGAGUCUCCUGGAAGUUCAACAGGAUCUCUACCUCCUCUGAUCAGCAGGUCGCCCCCUGCUGAAGUGAAAAUCUGCCCCGAAGCACCACCAGGGUCUGUUCGUUCUACUCCUUCAAGUGACGAGGGUGUGGGGUCUUACGAUGGGAGUAGCGGGACCAAUACAGCACCUAAAACUGCAGAAGGCUCACAAACAGCAUCACCUAGAGAGAGAGCACAACCUGCACAGUGUUUGGCCGCAUUGUCUUCUUUGGGUACGCAGACUGAUGAAAGAACAAUAUUUUGGAGAUCGCCAGAACAACAAGCAUAUCUAAAUGAUGCUGAUGAAUAUUCUGGACUCAAUGAUGUAGAACAAGUUGAAAACGAGGAUCAACCUGCAAAUUCUCUUCAUCUCAGACGUAACAGUGAGGAAGAUGAAGGCUGUUCUACUGGUUCGCCUGGUAAUUUCAAUCUCACACAGGGAGAUUUUAAAGCGGAAUUAGACAGAAAACUUCUUGCUGCAAGUUACAAUCGAGCGUCACCAACAAGUUCCCUGAGAUGUGAAGACGGAUCAUCAGACAGUGCUUCACAAACCAGCGGUGAAUUCGAGAUCCAAGAGACUGUCAGACACCAGGGAGAUGGCGCUGCAGACAGUGCUGGAAGCUGCUCAACCAUCGAUAGCACUGGUACGUUAUGCAAUACCGGGGAGGAACUAACUUAUUUUGGGCCCAAAACGGAGGACGAGACUCUGCCUAUUUAUUCCUACUCUCGGGAUAACGACGAAUGUGGCUACCCAUACAUUCCACCGACUUUGCCGAGCGCUACUAAGAUUUCCACUUUGCCUGGUAUGGCACGACCAGUUACAGAUACAGGUUUUCACAGAUCGUUUGAGGAAACUUCUUCGGAUUAUUACGAUGGUCGAAUCGAAAAUAACGAAUUUUCUGCAAAUGAAUAUACUGCUGAAUCAGUGAAUGGGUACUGUGUAUGUGCUAAAAACAAUGACUAUGCAAAUUCAGUAAGAAGUGUGCCAGAUGGCGCUACUUCCAAUACAGGCCAAGCCACCUAUGCGUAUCAAGAUACAGGUCCUGGAUAUUUAUGCUCCAAUUGCGGAAAUGUCAAACGAGAGACUCAAUUCGAGGGAAUAUGUUGCGGAAACAUUGAAAUUCUCGAAGAACCCGAGGAAGUUUCAUGCGGCAACAUUCAGGAAGACCCUGAAUCCGGGGAGAGUAUGGAUAAUAUUACCCCACUUUUUGCCGACAUAGGUAGAACUUCGGAAGUUGGAGCUGGGGACUGUACUGAAGAAUCAACCAAACCAAAAUACUUGGAAAUGACAAGCUUAAACAAUCUUGAUCUGGGUGCUGAAACAAGCAGGCAACGAACUGAAUCUUCAUCAUCAGCAUUGUCAGAUCUGGGAUGGGGAGAUUCAACUCAUCAAACAACUCAGCAACAAAUUUGUUAUUUUCGAAUUACUGGGGUUUCUGUCAAUCAACAAAAGUGCCAAGUUUUGAAAGCGCAAUUGGACAAGCGAACAACAGUGAGUGCCUUGAAGCGCAAACUUCAUCCGAUUGUACAAAUAUCAACAAGAGAUUUUAGUAUAUAUAGAGUGUAUACUGGCGGACAAGAGACUGAGUUGAACACACUGAGUGAAACAUUCACUCUGAUAUCAAAUGAUUCUCAGUUGAAGAUCAAACAUCAACGUGCGUUGAGAAAGGAUGAACACAGAUGUAAAAUAUUUCAUCUUAAUCUUGCCGAAGAUGAUCCUAUCAAGAACUUAGUAGAAUGGGUUGUAAGGAAAGGAUCAAGUAUCAAAGAAGCUCAACAAACUGUUGCCGAUGAAUUGUUCAAAGAAUGCGAAAUGAAAGUCGACCCAGAGAAAAUCCGACUCCGCAAAAAAUGUUGGAGGAAUCCUGGAAAAAUAUUCUUAGAAACUGACGUUUUUGGAACAGAUAUCAUUAUUGCGUCAAAUCCAGAUAUUUUUCUCGAGAUAUUAGAAGAACCCGAGAAAAAGGUAAGCCAUACUCAGAUAGCUGUCUACUGCCGACGAUGGAGACCUUCCACAUUGACCCUUGACCGUAUUGAGGAAGUGAUCUUAGAUCCAGACACAAAUAACCAUCAUUCCGUGGAAGAAUUGAAAAAUAAGUUGGCAAUAUUAAGUGGUUUAGAUGCUGCUGAUAUUCAAUGGACAAAGCCUAGAGGAUUGUUUCCAUGUCAUACCAGUGUGUUAGAGAUUCAUGAUGGUUUGGAUUGGGAACCGGCGUUUGUUUCUUACCUUGGCUCUGCUUCAACGAGUAUCAGCGAGGACGGUGCUAUCAUUUUCUACAGAGAUAAAAAUGAACUUGUGAAAGAACUCAGUGAUACUGAAAGAACGGAACUUCAACAGAAAGAAGCUGCAAGAUUAUCCAUUGCUAAAAGCAGUACAAGUGCAGGAUCUAAAAAUUCAAGCACUACGAUCCGUCCAUAUUCUCGCAAAGAAAAAGCAUUAAAGAUAUACACUGUGACAAAUAAUAAGAAGAAAAGGGACAACACAACAACACUGUAGAUCAAAUCUACUUCAAAACACUUGAUCAAUACCACAGUGUUUUAAAAUAGGAAUCAUUGAAGUGGGUAAUUCGGUAUUACGUGUAAAGGAUGAGGACCAAUGUCAUGUUGCGUGAGAAAUUUGUAAGGAAGGAUAAAUUGUUCCGCAUAUAAAAAGUGUAUAAAGCAGCAAUUUGGUUUAUUAAUUGUUAACUAAGAUAACUACUUGAUGAAUAUAUGAAUAUAUAGUAGGAAUGUUCUGUUCCAUAAAUUGUAACCUUUGUCAAUUUUAAAUAUUGGAUGAAAUUACUUGAAAUCACCUAAAAAAAGUGUGCUUUCAAAAAUCGAAUCAAACUUUGGCUCCUGAAAUAAGAUGCCUUCUUUCCACAUAGUCCAUAGAAAUACGAAUACUGCUACUUAGUUGCGUUUAGGUUUCCAAGUCACAAUGCCGUAUAAUCCUUAUUGAUGCUUCAGAUAUAAUUCUGAUUUGGCUCUGAACGUUUUUUAUCUGCUUUGCCAUUUAAAAACUGUAGCGUUUGUCAUUCCACGUAAAUAGUAAUAUUAAUUUUUGUGCGCCUGAAAAUUUUAUCAAUAUGUAGUAGACCAAAAUCCUUGGAAUUAUAGAUUAUAGACAUUCAUUCACACAUGUUCCUCUAUUUGAUAAUUGGUGUUAUUCACAAAUUUCACAAUAAUUGGCAAACAAUAAACUCUAAACUGGAUUGAAGUCUGACAAAUUGAAUUGGAAAUACAUACAUAGGUUGCCCCAAAAAUUUAGUAUCAUUUUUUUGAAUCUAGUGAGUGAUGUAAAAGUCAAAAGUUUCGUUUAUUUCCAUCCUGUUUGCCAAUCAAGCAGUGAUACAUUUUUCGAAUGGAAUAUGGGAUUUUAUUUCCCCAUUGCAUUGCAUUUCAAGGAGCUCUAUUCGAAUAUUUUCUGCUCUCCACUGCACUCAGCAUCACUCAGCAAGUUGCCAUUUGUGUAAUUAUAAUUAAAUUUUAGGCUCGCUAAUCCGUAGGCCGGAUCUGACCCGCGGGGUCGUAGGUUUCCGACCCCUGUACUAAGAUAACACCUGUUGUACCUUCAUUUUAGUAUUGUUAACAUUUCAAGUGAACAUUUUACAUUGUAUUGUUUGCGCUUGCUAUGAAAUCCUGCGUUUUCUUUAUAUAAUGUUCAUCUAUGCUACAUAUCAAUACAAAAUCGUUCGAAUUACUUAGGACAUGGAUGAGGAACCUUUUUUAUUGCUCCGAAAGUAUGUGUACCAGGUUAGGGUUGGGCCAUAAUUUUUAUUCCAAUUUCCUUUUUUUUAGUUUAAUUACGAGUUCAAGAACUGUCUGUGUUAACCAAGUGAUAUACCCAAUAGGUUUCAGUCGCUUUACACAACUUGAUGUGAAAUGGGCAAACAGAAUUAGUUACCUCCAUAUUGUUACACAUACUUCUGGAUAGCCGAAAUUUUUAUUAUGUUAAAGAUUAACGUGGGUCAUAUGUUCAGUCGAUGUCUGCAUAAAUGAAAAACUUGCUGUUGCAUUUUUCGGAAAUUCUUAUAAUUCUCUGAGUUGGGUUGUUGAUAUUGGCAUAAUUUAAACUUGCACAUGCAGCAGAUUUAUCUGAACUGAGGCAAUUAUUAAACAAAUUCCUUAAUUGUUUAGUUGGAAAUAAGCAAUAGCAUUGUUGCCAGUAAUAGCUUUAUUUCACUAUGGACAAACUACCAUAGUGGCUCGCUUAUUGUUAGAUUGUAUUUGUGGUUGACCCUAUUAAUAAUUCUAUUCUUGAAUUUCGUAGAAAAAAGAUAAUUGGACAAGUGGUUGGCUAUCCUUGGCCUUGCAUAUAUAAGUGGACACAUUUUGUUCCUAAUAUUAUAAUUCCAAACAAGUGCUGUUUUUGGUUGUGAUUCACACGAAUGACACAUAUAUCACUGAUACAAAAUUUUAGGUCAGAAAUAGUUCUGGAGUCAAUUUUACUAUUAAUUUAAUAAUAAGACUCAUGUAAUUAGUUUACUUGCCCAAUCUAAAAAGUUGGAGCGUUUUUUUGUGUCAAAAUUGUUGGAGAAAGAUAAAAACCGUUCAAAAUAUUCAGACAUAAAAAAUGUGAUCUACAAGCUUUUGGGACUGUUUGUGUACCCUUUGUUCAGAAUACUGUUUCUUUUAAUAUUUCUUAUGCUGUUUCGAUUUAUACAAAUGCAGUUCGAUGAGGUUUCCCUAUUGCGUUUAUUUAAGUCUCUAUGUGCUUUAUCAAAAUGUAUUUAAAAUUCUACACACAUGUUUUAAAAAUAAUCAAAUAUUGAAUAUUUCAAGCUUUUUUUAGGUCCAGUUUCUAUAAAAUGUAAAACUGUAAGUUAUCCUUGAUAGUUCAUGAUAUUUAGGUUUUGUUAUUACCUUCCGAGAUCAGAUUGAAACUUGCUUUGCCCAAUUAGAAAUCAUUUCCGGUAUGCCACCCAUCUUUAUUUUAGUGCUAAAUGUAAGUUGCGUUAAGUCCUUGUGAUUUAAGGUUCUUGGAUAGUAAGAGCUAAUGCUGACUUGAAAAUAUGUCGCUUUUUAUCUAGUUUGCAGUCGCUUUCAAAAAUUGACUGAAGUUUAUUCCAUACUUCUAAAUUUUUUCAAGAUAAACCUUCAAAAUUGUUUUGCUUUUCUGAAUUUGAUAAAAAUGGACGUUCUCAAACCUAGCUUGCUUUUCAGUUUGUUGAUCUUAUGCUUAAAUGCCAACAUCUUAUGUAAAUUGUCAGACUAAAAACUUCUUUACUUGUAAAAAUUCUUACUAAGAGCUUCUACGUCGGUCACCUCGUAUUCUUGCAAAGCACUGUGGGUGAGAUUUUUUCGGCAAGGGGCCAAAAAUUUUGCCCAUUUAGACUAGCGGGCUAUGUAAGUGUGACGUAAAAAGUUAGAUUUUAUGAACAAUAUUUACAGUGUUACAAAAGCAAAAGUGGAAAACAAUAAACCUCAUACCAAAACUAAAUUUAAUCGUAAUCUCAAAUUCCCUGAGCUAUUUUAGCUAAAACAUGGUUGGGGUUGUCCAUAUUUUUGCAUGUGUUUAAUUAAUUUGGUCGUGGCAGCAUCAGGCAGGCCAGUUUGAAUUACCCAAUGAGCCGGAUUUGACCCCUCGACGGCCGUAUUGUACCCAUGUCAGUUGUAGACCAUUGCUCUACAAUUGAACCCAGCUAUUAGUCUAGUGAGGGGUUUUGUUAGUUUAUAUUACAUAUGAAACGUUCAUCAAUGAGUAGAGCACCAAUUCUUUCUGGUUUAUGAACCAGGAGAAACUUGGAUUUUAUUUUUACCAUGCAAUUUGUGAAUAUCUUUUUUGUAAAUAUAUUUACUUUCCAUUGUCAAUGUUUUCUUUCGAAUUCAGUAAAUAUUAAUCUUGAAAAA